UUUCGCUCAGAAAGCGGCGCGAGAAGCACGUGAUUGCUACGGCAGCCGAGACGGCGCAGCGGAAGCGCUGUUGUGGUUGGCGGGAGAUUUCGCCAUGGCGGCCGAUUUCAGCAUGGUGCUCCCUAUGGACCCUGCGGCUUCUUCCUCGCGUGAAGGCUGCUGGCCCGAGGGCGCCGGCGCCGAAAGCGGCUUCGUGCGCGCGGUGCUGGCGCUGCCGGCCAAGCCGGAGACCACCGUGCGCUUCUUCGAGCGCGGCGAUUAUUACACCGUGCACGGCGUGGACGCGAUGCUGGUAGCGGCCGAGCUCUUCAAAACGCGGGCGGUCAUCCGGAUGCUGGGUGCAGGAACACGGAAGCUAGAGAGUGUUGCGCUUAGCAAGACGAACUUCGAAUCUUAUUUGAGGGAUCUGCUUUUGGUUCGUCAGUACAGAGCUGAGGUAUACAAGAAUAAGGCAGGAAAUAAAUCCACCAAGGAGGGCGAGUGGUAUUUGGCCUAUAAGGGCUCACCAGGGAACCUUUCCCAGUUUGAGGACAUUCUCUUUGGUAACCACAAUAUGUCAUCUACUGUUGGUGUUGUGGGCAUUAGGCUGUCCUCAGCUGAUGGGCAAAAAGUUGUCGGAGUUGGGUUUGUGGAUUCUUUAGUGAGGAAGCUGGAAGUGUGUGAGUUUCCAGAUAAUGACCAGUUUUCAAACCUUGAAUCCCUGCUGGUUCAGAUGGGACCCAAAGAAUGUCUGCUACCUGUGGGAGAGGCUACUGGGGAUAUGGACAAACUGAGACAGGUUGUUCAAAGAGGAGGGAUCCUGAUUACAGAGAGGAAAAAGAAUGACUUUUCAACAAAAGAUGUUGUUCAAGAUCUCAACCGCUUGCUGAGAUCGAAAGAGAAGGAGCAUGUGUCUAGCGCAGCGUUACCUGAAAUGGACCAACAGGUUGCCAUCUGUUCCUUGUCUGCAGUGAUUAAGUAUUUAGAACUCUUAACUGAUGAAUCUAAUUUUGGGCAAUUUGAACUCUCCACCUUCGACCUCAAUCAGUAUAUGACACUGGAUCAUGCUGCUGUCAGAGCACUUAACCUUUUCCAGGGUUCUUCAGAAAAUGCCCAAGGUACACAGUCUUUGGCUGGACUGUUAAAUAAGUGCAAAACACCUCAAGGACAGAGGCUGGUAAAUCAGUGGAUCAAACAGCCCCUAGUGGACAAGAACAAAAUAGAGGAAAGGCUAAACUUGGUGGAGGCCUUUGUGGAAGAUGCAGAGCUGAGGCAGUCUCUUCAAGAAGACCUGCUCCGUCGCUUUCCAGACUUCAGUCGGAUAGCGAAAAAAUUUCAGAAGAAAGCCACUCUGCAGGACUGUUACAAAAUAUACCAGGCUAUUAAUCAGAUUCCAAAUGUGGUGCAGGCGCUGGACAAAACUGAUGGUGGAAACCAUGUUACAUUAGUACAAGCAGUGUUCACAGGACCACUGAGGGAGCUGCUCACUGAUUUCUCCAAUUUCCAAAACAUGAUCGACGAAACUUUGGACAUGAAUACGGUGGAAAGCCAUGAAUACCUCUUGAAAUCUUCCAUUGACCCAAGCCUUGCUGAGCUGAGAGAGAAUAUGGAUAAACUAGAGGAAAAAAUGCAGGGUGUGCUAAAGAUUGCAGCUAAGGAACUAAGUUUGGAAGCCGGCAAGAGCAUCAAAUUAGAAUGUAAUGCGCAGUUUGGGCAUUUUUUCCGGAUAACCUACAGGGAGGAGAAGGUUCUACGGAACAAUCUGAAAUAUAAGAUCUUGGAGACCCAGAAGAAUGGAGUGAAGUUCUCCAACAGUCAAUUGAAAGAGAUCAAUGAAGAAUACAUAAAGAUCCGAGAAGAGUAUGAAAAAAAUCAGGCCAUGGUUGUUAAAGAAAUCAUCAGUGUUGCAUCAGGGUAUAAGGAGCCCAUACAGGUCCUCAACGAUGUCGUAGCCCAGUUGGAUGCUUUUGUCAGUUUUGCUCAUGCGUCAAAUGCAGCAUCAUUGCCGUACGUACGCCCAACAAUUCUGGAAAAGGGGCAAGGGAGGAUUGUGCUGAAAAGCUCGAGACACCCCUGCAUGGAAGUUCAAGAUGAUGUUGCCUUCAUCCCGAAUGAUGUGACCUUUGAGAAGGGCAAGCAGAUAUUCCAUAUCAUUACCGGACCAAACAUGGGAGGGAAAUCAACCUACAUCCGCCAGACCGGGGUGAUUGUUCUUAUGGCCCAGAUUGGGUGUUUUGUGCCAUGCGACUCCGCCGAGAUCACCAUUGUUGAUUGUAUACUGGCUCGGGUAGGAGCUGGAGACAAUCAGCUGAAAGGUGUCUCUACCUUCAUGGCAGAAAUGUUGGAGACAUCUUCCAUCCUUAGAACUGCAACAGAAAACUCAUUGAUAAUUAUUGAUGAGCUUGGGAGAGGAACAUCUACAUACGAUGGGUUUGGAUUGGCAUGGGCAAUCUCAGAAUAUAUUGCCAGCAAAAUUGGAGCAUUUUGUAUGUUUGCUACUCAUUUUCAUGAAUUGACGGUACUUGCCGACCAAAUUUCCACUGUGAAUAACUUGCAUGUCACAGCGCUAACCACAGAGGAAACCUUGACGAUGCUGUAUCGCGUGAAAAAAGGGGCCUGCGACCAGAGCUUUGGUAUUCAUGUAGCAGAGCUGGCUGCCUUUCCCAAACAUGUGAUAGAGAAUGCCAAGGCAAAGGCCUUGGAGUUGGAGGAGUUCCAGAACAUUGGAAAUCCACAGGAGGAGGAUGAAGAGCCAGCAGCCAAGAGAUGCCACACAGAGAAGCAGGAAGGUGAAAAAAUAAUCCUGGAUUUCCUUUCUAAAGUGAAAGCAAUGCCACUGACGGACAUGUCUGAAGAGGACAUCAGAACCAAACUGAAGCAACUAAAAGAUGAAGUUUUGGCAAAAAACAACAGCUUUGUAAAUGAAAUCAUUUCCAGAACAAAAGUUGUUGCGUGACGUGAGGAGAUCUAAACAAGAGGUCACUUGGUCUCAUGCUUUCCAAGUCGGAACUACACAUUACACUCAAACUGAGGCCGCUGGCAAAGGCGAUCAUGCCAUGCCCUCAUCUGUUCUUUCCCCCCUGUAACUUGAGGCAGAACACAUGAUGUGAUAAUGUCACAUCGUGAAUUUUUCCACCCGCGUCAGCAACACCCAGCAAAGUGGUUUGGGAAAUUUGCAAUGCAGUGAAGUCCCACCAUAUGUUUUGCCUUACUUAAAAUGUUAUGGGGAGAAAGUUGUUGCAGAACUGCUGGUUCUGGCCUAUACACUGGCCUCAACAGAAUCAACAGCUGUUUCCUCAUCUUGUUUUGUAAAGUUUUGCUGUUACCUCUGAAACAACCCUUGUCUCAAUUUUUAUGGCUGAAAUGUAGGUGUUUGUAACAAUAGCCGAACAGUCUCCUUCUUUAUGAUAUUGAGUGAAUCGUCUCCCCCCUCCCCCAAAGUAUCAUAAGGCAUGUUAAUUUCUCAGAAGCAAAAGCAGUCAUACAACUUCACCAUCCAGUCUGACUUUAAAUGCUUAACCUGUGCCUAUCAUAGUGGUAGGCACUGUUUUAAAUAGGCACAACAAAAUAAUGUUUCCCAUUAAAGACGAACUUGAUGCUUAUGGGUAUGUUGAAUAUAAUUCUACAGUGUUCUAACUUUGAAAUUGUUGCCCCUAAAUAAAUGCAAUACAUCAUA